CUCUCCUCCCUAAUAAUAGUAUUUGGUUCGUGAUAAUUAGUCCUUGGGGUGUAUAUAUUUACUGUAAAUUACUUUCUUUUGCGAAUAUUCCACAAUUCUAUGGUAUAUAUACGAUUAUAACCCUGGCAAUUGCUAUGAACUAUAGAACAAUGUUCGAGUUAUCUUUAGAGAAAGAGUUUUUGUGGAGACGGAAGAUCAUAGAAUGAUUUGACAAGUUGACAACAAAAUUUGUGAAAGCAUAAAAAUCACAAUUAAUUUGUGAGGAAGUGAAUUUGUCACCAAUUAUACGAGGCUGGAGAAUUUGCUUUAUAUACGGUGUAAUUUACUGGGCUUUUGAAAGGAAAUCUUGUUUGAAUAUUAGUCAAGAUGCAGCGAAAAGAACCGCAAGGAUCAGGCAUAGUUAAAUUGGCUGUAAAGCCACCAGAAGCCUCUCAAAUGACGCCUUCGUUUCUACAUUUUGACCAGGUAUGGUUUGUUAUUGAUCUUGGUUUUACCGCAUAAUUAUUUUUACUUUUUCGUAUCCCUAUCGCUGUAUUUGGCUUGUUUUUAAUUUGUAUCAUUCGCUUGCAUAGACUCGAAAGCUUCAAGAUAUCAUCGACGAAUUAUGCAAAGGGUAGGUCACAACUUAGUGAAUCAAUAUUUCUGUAUAAUAUAAAUGUAUACCUAAUAAUCUAAUAUCACAAUUACGCGAGAGUUUAUAAUGGUUUGUGACAAUUUUUUUCUUGUAAAAAAAGCCUCUUGAAAUUUUGUGUUUGUUAAAACUGGCCUAGUUUGCCUAAAAUUUACUUUUGUAAACAUUGAUUGCCAGUUUGCCACUUCAGUGCUUUCAUUCCUGUAUAUGAUAAAUUGUUACAUUGUCAAAUUCCAAGGUAAAUAUGAAGUGUUCUAAUUUCUUUAAUUGCAACAUUAGGAAGCCAUUUUGAAUUUUUGUUUCCAUUUAAUAAGCUUUGUUACUGAUUUGAUUCAGUAAUAAGCUACCACUGUAGAAUCCUCUUGAGGGCUUAGUGCUCCACUCAGAGGGGGUGGGGUGGGUAACAUACUGUUAUUAACAUGCAAAGGCCCAUUGUUUUACACCAUGCUUACACUUAUGCUGGAUAGAUCUCCAGUGACAGAAAUUUGCUGGGGUGGGAGAUACCCAAGACGACCCUACCCCUACAAAUCUCCAGAUGUCUGUGCAGAAAAUGCAAAUCAGUCUUUUCUGAUUGUAGAAAUAUAUUAACACUUUAUUAUAUUAGCCACCUUGUUGAUAUGGCUGCCCACACCAAUACAACUUUAUUUUGACAUAGGUGGAAAAUUCCUAAUCCAGAACAACAUGCCUUGCAAUAUGCUGAUAGUAAUACUUUUAUCAAUGAACAGGUAUGACUUCUAGCAUUUUUAAUAAUGAACUAGACUAUUACAAUUCCCCGCUUUCUUCAUUGCCAUUGUUAACUAUGCCUGACUUAUUUUGAUCAUUUAGAAUCGACAUGAACUUAGCAAUGGUGCUGUUUUAGCGCUUGGAAUCUCGCCUGUAAGUAAUUAGUCCUAAUAACAGAAACCAUUGGACGCUAGCCUAAAAAUAUAAGUAGAGGAUUCUGUAGUUUCAAGAGAAAGCCCUUUGUCAGGGGUAAACAAACAAUAAUCUUCUCUCAAAACAAUAGUGAUCAAAUUUGGAGGUCAUUCAUAAUUAUCAACUUUUGACAAGCAUACAGAGUAUUGGAUUGAUACGGAUGUAAUUAGGCGUAAAAAAAUACCUGUGGUUCCGGUUCCCGACCGACCCUAUUUUUUUCUGCCGACCCUAUUAUUUUUUCGACACGAUUGACCGUGCGACCCUAUUUUCUCCAGGUGGUUGCGGGCUGCUCAUACAACGUGCAAAAAUGGUGUCUGUUGUCACACUAAUUAUUUGAACCAAAUUGCCUAAAUUCGUCCAUAGGAAAUACACAUCUCUAGCUAAUAUUGAUGUCGGGACUCUACUGCAAAAAAACGCCAAAACCAUGAAAAAAAUAUUCAAAAAAAAAUUUAUUUCCGACCUACCGACCCUAAUUUUUCACGAUAUGAAACCGGAACCACAGGGUUUUUUUUUACGCCUUACCAGGAAAAUACAAGAAGAACUUCAAGGAGUACUAUUUCUUCACUCCCCCCCCCCCCACUCCCUUCCAAUCUUAGAGGGUAUGGUUGGUCUAUAGUUCAAAAGUGUAAAAAAGCAUAUAGAUGGGUGAUCUUUUUCAGAGUGACAAUUGUCAAUGACAAUAUUUCCGUCGAUCGACAAUAUGAUUUUAACCCAUUAAAUGUCAAUGUACCCCAGUGCACUCAACUUCAUUAUUUUACUUGUCAGAGUCUUAUGCAAUGAUGGUUAACCAAACUAUCUGCCAAUCUCUCUUGUUAACCCAUUAGGCUACAAUACACCCUGAUACACAUUAAUGGAUUAUUUACCUGUGGUUUGAAAUGAUAUAUUUUAGGAAAUGUUAGCACGAACACUUUAUGAAGACAUAAAAUCUGGUGACAAUGAAAGCAGCAAGCAUGCCUUAGCAAAACUGGCCACGGCUUCAGAGGUGUGAAUACAAAUUUAGGCAGUUUAGUAAACAUAUCAAGUGAUCAAACUUAAAUGACUGUGUUGUUAUUUUGUCAAAGGAUCCAUCAUUUGCAUCGGAAUUCAUCAAUCUGGAUGGCCUUCGAACAUUACUUUACAUGGUGGAAGGAGGCAUAGAGUAAGCACUGUUUUACAGCUCAUGCAGAAGUUCGUGUAUCGUAAAUCUUCUAUUGAGCUAUCCCCCCACCCACUCAUAUAUGGCCCCCUCUCCAGUAAGUCCCCUUUUUUUGUGAGAGGAAGAAAUUUAUGAAGUCCCCCAUCCAAAAUUUGCCUUGCAAGUUGUGUCAGAAAUUGCCUUGUGUAACAUGUCAACAAAAACAAUAGAGGCUCAGAUUUGACUUCCACUACCUCUCACAGGUUUAAUUACGCAUUUGAUUGGUUAAUCGGAU